UGGGCGGGGCCGCGGGCGGGGCGGGGCUUAGAGUGGGAUCUUUAUGGGGCUCGCCUGUGAUUUGCAGAUGGAUUCGAGACGGAAGCGGGCUGGGAGGCGUCGGCGGCGGCAGCGCACGUGGUGACGUGCGAGGGGGUGCGGCGCGAGCGGUCGGCGGCGGCGGAGGCAGUGUCUCCCGGUCGCGCGUGGAGGUCGGUCGCUCAGAGCUGCUGGGCGCAGUUUCUCCGCCUGCUGCUUCGGCGCGGCUGUGUCGGCGAGCGAGCGAGUUCCCGCGAGUUCUCGGUGGCGCUCCCCCUUCCUUUCAGUCUCCACGGACUGGCCCCUCGUCCUUCUACUUGACCGCUCCCCUCUUCCGCCGCCUUCUGGCGCUUUCCGUUGGGCCGAUUCCCGCCCGCUUCCUCCUGCUUCCCAUCGAAGCUCUAGAGAUGAAUGUUUCCAUCUCUUCAGAGAUGAACCAGAUUAUGAUGCAUCAUUAUCACAGAAGAAAUUCGUGUCUAUAGCUUUUAAGGACUUGAUUACAUCAUUUUCAAGCCUGAUAGUUUUGGAAUCACCAUUAGAGCUUAAGACACACCUGCCUUCAUUUCAACCACCUGUCUUCAUACCCUGACGAAGUGCACCUUUUAACACUCCUUUGUCCUUGGAUUACUUAAGAGUUCCCAGAAAUACAUUUGCCACCAACAGAGUAGCCAAAUUUAUAAGGAAAAAUGAUUCCCAAUGGAUAUUUGAUGUUUGAGGAUGAAAAUUUUAUUGAGUCUUCUGUUGCCAAAUUAAAUGCCCUGAGGAAAAGUGGCCAGUUCUGUGAUGUUCGACUUCAGGUCUGUGGCCAUGAAAUGUUAGCACACAGAGCAGUGCUAGCUUGCUGCAGUCCCUAUUUAUUUGAAAUCUUUAAUAGUGAUAGUGAUCCUCAUGGAAUUUCUCACGUUAAAUUUGAUGAUCUCAAUCCAGAAGCUGUUGAAGUCUUGUUGAAUUAUGCCUACACUGCUCAGUUGAAAGCAGAUAAGGAAUUGGUAAAAGAUGUUUAUUCUGCAGCAAAAAAGCUGAAGAUGGAUCGAGUAAAGCAGGUUUGUGGUGAUUAUUUACUGUCUAGAAUGGAUGUUACCAGCUGCAUCUCUUACCGAAAUUUUGCAAGUUGUAUGGGAGACUCCCGUUUGUUGAAUAAGGUUGAUGCUUAUAUUCAGGAGCAUUUGUUACAAAUUUCGGAAGAGGAGGAGUUUCUUAAGCUUCCAAGGCUAAAGUUGGAGGUAAUGCUUGAAGAUAAUGUUUGCUUGCCCAGCAAUGGCAAAUUAUAUACAAAGGUAAUCAACUGGGUGCAGCGUAGCAUCUGGGAGAAUGGAGACAGUCUGGAAGAGCUGAUGGAAGAGGUUCAAACCUUGUACUACUCAGCUGAUCACAAGCUGCUUGAUGGGAACCUACUAGAUGGACAGGCUGAGGUGUUUGGCAGUGAUGAUGACCACAUUCAGUUUGUGCAGAAAAAGCCACCACGUGAGAAUGGCCAUAAGCAGAUAAGUAGCAGUUCAACUGGAUGUCUCUCUUCUCCAAAUGCUACAGUACAAAGCCCUAAGCAUGAGUGGAAAAUCGUUGCUUCAGAAAAGACUUCAAAUAACACUUACUUGUGCCUGGCUGUGCUGGAUGGUAUAUUCUGUGUCAUUUUUCUUCAUGGGAGAAACAGCCCACAGAGCUCACCAACAAGUACUCCAAAACUAAGUAAGAGUUUAAGCUUUGAGAUGCAACAAGAUGAGCUAAUCGAAAAGCCCAUGUCUCCUAUGCAGUACGCACGAUCUGGUCUGGGAACAGCAGAGAUGAAUGGCAAACUCAUAGCUGCAGGUGGCUAUAACAGAGAGGAAUGUCUUCGAACAGUCGAAUGCUAUAAUCCACAUACAGAUCACUGGUCCUUUCUUGCUCCCAUGAGAACACCAAGAGCCCGAUUUCAAAUGGCUGUACUCAUGGGCCAGCUCUAUGUGGUAGGUGGAUCAAAUGGCCACUCAGAUGACCUGAGUUGUGGAGAGAUGUAUGAUUCAAACAUAGAUGACUGGAUUCCUGUUCCAGAAUUGAGAACUAACCGUUGUAAUGCAGGAGUGUGUGCUCUGAAUGGAAAAUUAUACAUCGUUGGUGGCUCUGAUCCAUAUGGUCAAAAAGGACUGAAAAAUUGUGAUGUAUUUGAUCCUGUAACAAAGUUGUGGACAAGCUGUGCUGCUCUUAACAUUCGGAGACACCAGUCUGCAGUCUGUGAGCUUGGUGGUUAUUUGUACAUAAUCGGAGGUGCAGAAUCUUGGAAUUGUCUGAACACAGUAGAACGGUACAAUCCUGAAAAUAAUACCUGGACUUUAAUUGCACCCAUGAAUGUGGCUAGGCGAGGAGCUGGAGUGGCUGUUCUUAAUGGAAAACUGUUUGUAUGUGGUGGCUUUGAUGGUUCUCAUGCCAUCAGUUGUGUGGAAAUGUAUGAUCCAACUAGAAAUGAAUGGAAGAUGAUGGGAAAUAUGACUUCACCAAGGAGCAAUGCUGGGAUUGCAACUGUAGGGAACACCAUUUAUGCAGUGGGAGGAUUCGAUGGCAAUGAAUUUCUGAAUACGGUGGAAGUCUAUAACCUUGAGUCAAAUGAAUGGAGCCCCUAUACAAAGAUUUUCCAGUUUUAACAAAUUUAAGACCCUCUCAAACUAACAGGCUUAGUGAUGUAAUUAUGGUUAGUAGAGGUACACUUGUGAAUAAAGAGGGUGGGUGGGUAUAGAUGUUGCUAACAGCAACACAAAGCUUUUGCAUAUUGCAUAUUAUUAAACAUGCUGUACAUACUUUUUGUGUUUAUUUGGAAAGGAAUGCAAAGAUGAAGGUCUGUUUUGUGUACUUUUAAGACUUUGGUUAUUUUACUUUUUGGAAAAGAAUAAACCAAGAAUUGAUUGGGCACAUCGUUUCAAGAAGUCCCCUCUCCUCCACAUUUGUUUUGCCAAUUUGCACAUUAAAUGACUCUUCCCUCAAAUGUGUACUAUGGGGUAAAAGGGGUAGGGUUUAAAGAUGUAGACAGUUGGGUUUUUUAAGGGCCCUUUUUCAAUAACUGGAACACUCUAUAACAAAGGAUACUUAUUUAAAUAGAUGACAUUGACUAUUUUUGUUUUUAUUAAAAGGAAGCUUACAUGCCUACCAAUAUUUAAUCUUUUAUGAUUGCCUUUUUAUAACUUUUUAUAUUCUCAGCAGAGUGCUUUACCAAUUGAAGUAAAAUAUGGCAGGCUGGAGUUAUUGAAGCAGAGUGGCAGUCUUCAGUUUGCAGAGUAGGGGUCUGUCUUUUAAACUCUGAGUGCAAACUUCAGAGUUCUUGCCUUGGCUGCAGUUUUUUUCCUUCAAGAAUGCAGUACUAACAUUUAUUUGAGUGGAGUUACUGAACAGUAACAUAGCUGUGAUUUUUGGUAUUUGAAACACUGGUUUUAAAUAUUUUGACUUGUUGAGGGUAUGUUUUAUAUAGCAAGACAUUAUAUAGCAGUAAAAAAUGGUGUUUUAUCUUCUAUAUAAUUCCUGUUUUUAUUAUUAACAAAACAGUCCUAAAUAGCAGCCCUCAAUUGUGAAAAAAAUUACUUUAAACUACAUUAGGUUGUGAAUGCAGGUUUUAUCAGAACUAUGUUUUUGUUCAGUUUAUCUGUUCAUAUGGAUAAAUAUUGGUUGGGAUGACUUGGUGUCUAAUGUGUAGUGCUACACACCUAACUUAUGGUGCCAAAAUAGCAUGUCCUAAUGCUUGCUGCUGAUGCAAACACAUUAAAGGUACUUUGCAGGAAAUCCUUGCACCAUGGGAUUAAUAUCCAAUUGCUGCUUGUACACUCAUUCAUUACUAAAAGUUUUGAGAAAUUUUUUUUCCAGUAAUGAGCUUAAGAAAUUUGUGGAAAAUAACUCACCUGGCAUCUUACAUCUGAAAUAAGGAAUGAUAUAAGGUUUUUUUUUCUCACAGAAGAUGAAGCACACAGGAACCUAAUGGGCCAACUGGGAUGAGAUGACUAUUCUGAGAUGACUAUUCAGUGGCUAACUUGGGUUAGGAAGAAAAUAAUUAGCUAUUUUCUCCAAAUGUUCACUGGUACUCUGCCACUUUAUUUCUCUCAUCUGUUACACAAAGAACCACCAGGAAAGGAAAUCAGUUUGGUUGGUAACUCUGUAAUUCCUAACUAUCACUGGUUUGGUUCUGGACUAAAACUACAUUGACAGAUUGAAUUUGCCUAAUAUGAUGACUGUUUUUAAUAUGGAUCUGUAUGUGUUCUAUUCAGCACAAGGAAAUAAAAUUUUAGUUGAGGAUUCAGCACUAAAA